AUGGAAGAUCCCUGGGGUUCGCCGUGGGCUGCAGACUCUCCUGCAAAGAUAGAGCUCCCAGCCGCGCCCCAGAAUGCGCAUUUCUCUGCCGACAGUCUCUUCCCUCGACGCAACUCUCGGUCGCCUGCACCGUCACGAUCGCCCGGAUUUGAAGACGACGAUGCUUGGGGUGGAUGGAAUGGCGGUGGUGCCGCCGACGGCAGCGCCAGCGGCAAGGAGAGUCCCGGUUGGGGGAGAAGUCCUGGGCUGAAGCCGUUGCAGAUGGCGCCGUCAGUGAGGUCCUUGUCGCCGGAUCCCUGGAAAGAGGUGGCUUUACAAAGAUUGGACACGACGACGCUGGAGAAGGAAGAAAGAGAGUCACGAGCGAGGAGAGCUUCUGAGACGUCCGGGGACGGUCGAGUUGUGGACUCUGCAAUCAGCCUUGGAGAGGGACAUCAAUUGCAGAGAGAGGAUAUUUUGAAGAGCGGUAUUCCGGCUGUAUUGCCGUCAUUGGAUGUUGAUGCCACUGAGGAUGCCUGGGGUGUUGAGGUGGCGCCGGAAGCGCCGGCUCCAGAGGGGAUCCCUGCCAUUCAGCUUGAAGAACCUGACUCGUUUCCGGAUGUCGAGAUACCAGUGCUUGACGUGAAGCAGGAGGAGCAUGAUAAAGAGCCUGGUGAACAGCUGUUUAUAGCUGAUGAGCCCGAUCAGAAAGAGGAUGCAAUUAGUAUCCCAAAUGGCGUUGAUACGAAGGAGGAGCAGCCAACCGCAGCUGUACAAGCGGUUGAUGAUGCUACCGUUGUUCCAGAGCCGGAAGGUGAACAGCUUCCGCCGCCCAUAAAAACCGAGACGGCUACAGAACCUCAGCACCAGCCGCAGGAAUCGCAAGAUGAGAUUCCCGAGUCUCCAGCUGUAAGCGAGACCAAAGAACUGAAAUCGCCAUCUUCUACUUCACAGUUUCAACCAGCUGAGCAAGAUACACCUUGGGUCUUGAAAGAUCUGGGUAUAUCAUACAACGUCGAUCUUACCAAGCUUGACGACUUGUUUCCGUCGACGCCUGCUAUUGCGGUUGAAGCAGAACUUGUUCCGGAUGUUAUCAUAGAUGACACAUUUGCUUCUAACAGCGAGCGCAAGGCGUGGUACCGAAUUUCUCGAUUUGGAUCAAAGAGGAAGCAUGAUUUGGGGGACGAUGAUAAUUAUGUACGAGUCGGCUGGUCCGGAUCACAGAUUCGAGAUCGUACUACUCAGACCGUGAGGAGAUGGAUGGAAGAAGACUCCAUCACUGGGCGUGUGGUCUUGGGUAGACGGCUGGGCGGAUCUGGCGCAGUCAUGUUCAACUGGAACUCGACAGCCCCUGUAGAAAUCGGAGAGUUUCUGGGAAGGCAUUCGAGAAACUCGUCCAUGACCGUGAAGUCUGCCGCUCCAUCGCCUACUGCAUCGUCUUUUGGCUGGGCGAGCAGUGUUCCUUCCUCACCAGCGGUUGCCAGACAUCCCUUGGCAAAUGAGUUUCAAAAUCCAAAUAAGCGAGAAGCCCAAUCGCCUAAAGAACCAAAAGAGCCGAAAAUCGACUCUGCUCGACACUCAUUGGCGCUUGAGCCGCCGCCUCUUCAUACUCGGGGGCAUAUUCCCACACCUAUCAAGAUCCCACCCACUCUACCCGUAAGCCAAGACGAAGAUGGCGACGACGACUGGGGCGAGAUGAUGGCCGCUACACCGAUUGAUUCGCCAUCUUUUACUGAGGAUGAGAGGGGGUUCAAUAGCAACAGCAAUCGUAGCAGUAUUGAUCCCCAGUCUGCUUUACAGUUUGAAACGGUAUUCGAUAGUGCCAAAAUCGCAUCGCCAAAGAUUGAGAAAGCCAGCAAGCGACCCUUGUCUUGGCAUCUGGGGCAGACGCUUGCCAAGCCCUUUAAACGAGGAGCCAAGACGCCUUCGACACCACUGUUCCCGAGCCCGUUGUCUAAACCGAUGACGCCGCCUCAGGGCAUACCUACUCGCCAUGCACAUACGAUGUCUGCCGGCGCGUCACCUAUGCAGUAUUCGCCGGCCAGGCUGAGUCUGAGUGCUGAAGAUGAGGAAACCGUGGCUAAACUCUUACGGGAUAUACCGGAUCUUACGUAUAUGCUACGGUGA